AUGCAGUCCACGCUGACGGUGGACAACGCGCCGGCGAAGUCGCUGGCGUACUCGAACCGCGUCUACCUGCACCCGAGCGAUUUUGCGGCCUUCAAGAGCGCGUCGCCGGCCCAGGGCGUCGCGGACGACUGCUGCCUGCUGCUGCUGUCCGGCGCCGGCGGCGACUGGGUCUUCGCGGCGUCGGCCUACCCGACCAUGGCCGCGGGCAAGCUCGGCGUCGCGUCCAUGCAGCGGCGCACGGCGGGCCUCGAGAUCGACGCGGCCGUCGACGUCGCGCCGUUCACGGCGACGCUCGACACGGGUUUAGGCAAGCUCCGCGUGAGCCUCGCGCCCUUCAAGGCCGGCGCGGCCGCGGACCUCGACGCCGCGGAGGUCGGCGCCUACUUCGCGCGCGAGUACGGCUGCCAGGUCUUCGCCGUGGGCCAGAAGCUCGCGGUCGCGUUCAAGAAAAAUGCUCUGAUCGCGACCGUCGAGGGCCUCGACUUCGGCGUCGGCGGCCAGGCGCGGGGCGGCGGCCGCUUCGGCCAGGUGCUGCCGGGCGUCACUCAAGUGAUGCCCUUCAAGGAGCGCGGCGGCGGCAACCCGAACUUCAAACUCUCCAACGUCGCCGACGGCGCGGCCGGCGGCGGGUCCGGCGGCCCGAAGGAGUCGCUCUUCAACUCCGACUUCGACUUCGCGAAGCUGGGCAUCGGCGGCCUCGGCAGCGAGUUCGACACGAUCUUCCGGCGGGCCUUCGCGAGCCGCAUCUACCCGAGCCACCUCAUCCAGCAGAUGGGCAUCACGCACGUCCGCGGCAUGCUCCUCUUCGGCCCGCCGGGCUGCGGCAAGACGCUCAUCGCGCGCCAGAUCGGCAAGGUGCUGAACGCGCGCGAGCCCAAGAUCGUCAACGGGCCCGAGGUCCUCGACAAGUACGUCGGCGCGUCGGAGGAAAAGAUCCGCGAGCUCUUCGCGGACGCCGAGGCGGAGCAGAAGGCCGAGGGCGACGACUCGAUGCUCCACACGAUCAUCUUCGACGAGAUGGACGCCAUCUGCAAGAGCCGCGGGUCCGUGCGCGACGGCACGGGCGUCUCCGACUCCAUCGUGAACCAGCUCCUGUCGAAGAUCGACGGCGUCGACUCGCUGAACAACAUUUUGGUCAUCGGCAUGACGAACCGCAAGGACAUGAUCGACGAGGCCAUCCUAAGACCGGGGCGCCUCGAGCUCCACGUCGAGAUCGGUUUGCCGGACGAGGCCGGCCGGCUGCAGAUCCUCGACAUCAAGACGGCGACCAUGAAGAAGGCCGGGCGCCUCGCGCCGGACGCCGUCGACGCGCUGCCCGCGCUCGCCGCGCGCACGAAAAACUUCUCGGGCGCGGAGCUCGAGGGCCUCGUCAAGUCGGCGUCGUCCUACGCGCUGCGGCGCUGCGUCGACGUCGCCAAGGGCAACGCCAUCGACGACGCGAACCUCAAGGUCGUCCGGUCCGACUUCGACCACGCGCUCGACUCCGGCGAGGCCGUCGCCGCGUUCGGCGCGAAGCAGGAGUCGCUCGAGGCGCUCUACCGCGACGGCCUCGUGGACUACGGCUUCCAGUUCCGCGAGAUCAAGGGCGCGCUGGACCGCCUCGUGGAGCAGACGCGCGUCUCCUCGAAGACGCCGCUCAUGACCGUGCUCCUCGAGGGCCGCGUCGCGACGGGCAAGACGGCGCUCGCGGCCUACACGGCGGCCCACGCGGAGUUCCCCUUCGUGCGCGUGCUCAGCGCCGACGCCAUGAUCGGCUACUCCG